AUGGGCGCCAAUCUUCCUGAACUGCAGUUUACGCCGCUCGAUGACAUCCCCGAACGCGUGUCGAUUACCCGCCAGGCUUUUCUGGACCAUAAGACACGCGAUGUCGAAUUUCGUCUGAUGCAGCUGCGCAAACUUUACUGGGCCAUCAAAGAUCACGGGGAGCAAAUCAUCGAUGCCUGUACUCAGGAUCUGAACAAGCCCAUCUUUGAAACAGAGACGGCAGAGAUUGGAUAUCUCCUGAAUGAUAUCGUAUUCAUGACGCGCAACUUGCAUACUUGGGUGAAAGAUGAAAAGGCUCCUGAUAUUGAUUUCAUGUUCAAAUUCUUCAACCCGAAGAUCAGGAAAGACCCUCUUGGCUGUGUGUUAGUUAUUGGCGCCUUCAACUUCCCCUUCCAACUAACACUUGGUCCAGUCAUCGGGGCUAUCGCUGCGGGCAAUACCGUGGUGAUUAAACCAAGCGAAACCACUCCCCGCUGCGCAGCUGUCAUGCAAAAGAUUGUUGAGAGACUUGAUCCUUCAUGUUAUCAAAUCAUUCAGGGGGCUAUCCCCGAGACGCAGGCAUUGCUAGCAGAGCGAUGGGAUAAAAUAUUCUUUACCGGUAGUGCUAAUGUCGGCCGGAUCGUCUCCAAGGCCGCGGCACCGCAUUUAACUCCUGUUAUCCUCGAGUUGGGCGGAAUUAACCCUGCUAUUGUGUCUAGAAAGGCGAACCCAAGGCUAGUAGCACGUCGUUUGCUUUGGGGAAAGGUAUUCAACGCUGGUCAACUCUGUACAUCGCAGAAUUACAUACUGGUUGAGAGACCACUAUUGUCUUCGGUUGUCACUGAGUUCAAAAAGGCUUACAAGGAAUUCUACCCUAAUGGAGCGAGAUUUUCAACGGAUCUCUCACGUAUCGUGAACAAAGAUCACUUCCGGCGACUUCGGUUAAUGCUCGAGAACACCCACGGCAAGGUUGUAAUGGGCGGCAUGAUGGAUGAGGAAGAACUCUUUAUCGAACCGACAGUUGUCCUGGUCAAUUCGAUUGAUGACUCGUUGUGCUCGCAGGAAAGCUUUGGUCCAUUUAUCCCAAUUCUCCCAGUGGACAGUCUGGACGAGGCUAUCGAGCUAGCUAAUGGCCUCAUGAGCACCCCUCUGAAUCUCCAUCCAUUUGGAAAUAAAGCAGAUGUUGAGCACAUUCUACGAUCUACUCGAUCCGGCGGCGCCUCCUGUAACGACGGGGCCCUGCACAUGCCGAAUCUGCCUUUCGGUGGUGUCGGAGAGAGUGGUCAUGGUGCUUAUCGUGGCCGUGCCAGCUUCGACGUGUGGGUUCAUCGCCGUCCUAUCACUUCCAGUCCGAGCUGGCUCGAGCGUAUCCUAUCAGUCCGAUAUCCUCCAUACGCGGGUAAGUUGAGCGGAUACAAGGCUACUGCUCUCCUCAAACCCGAUUUCGAUCGAGGUGGGCGUAAGCUGAGAUGUGGCUGGAUACGCUUUAUCCUCACUCUGGGCGGAGGAAGUGUCAAGGCCGGAGCUGUCCGUGGUAUUGUUGCUGCCGUUCUUUACUUCAUUUUUGAGACUCUUGCACGCCGACGCUCGGGCUUGCGAAUUUGA